AUGAACCUUGAGAGUGGUAUCAAGUCGACGAGAGCCUUAGGUAAAUAUUUGGGUUUGCCGGUUCUACAGAAGCGUAUCAACAAAGACACCUUUGGAGAUAUUUUAGAAAAGGUCUCCUCUCGGUUAGCAGGUUGGAAGAGAAGAUGCCUGAGUUUCGCGGGAAGGCUAACUCUGACGAAAGGAGUUCUCUCCACAAUCCCGAUACAUACCAUGAGUAUCAUCUCCUUACCGAAAUCGAUAAUUGGGAAGCUUGAUAAGGUCUCACGGUCGUUCCUCUGGGGAAGUAGCACAGAACAGAGGAAACAACACCUUUUAAGUUGGCAAAAAGUCUGCAGGCCUAAGGAGGAUGGUGGUCUAGGGAUACGGAUGACAGCAGAUAUGAAUAGAGCUCUGCUUGGGAAAGUGGGAUGGAGGUUGUUGCAUGAUACAGAAAGCCUCUGGGCUAAGGUGUUACGGAGCAAAUACAAGGUCACAGACACUUAUGACCCGAGAUGGAUAGUAACCAAGGGUACGUGGUCGUCUACGUGGAGGAGUAUUGCUAUUGGUCUCAGAGAUGUGGUCAUCCCGGGAGUCAGCUGGGUUCUCGGUGAUGGCAAAAUGGUAAGGUUUUGGCAAGACAUAUGGCUACUUGAUAAGCCUCUCAGAGAAACUGUCAUGUUGGCAUUGCCGGUCGGAGUGGAGAAUCUUCGGGUCUGUGACUAUUGGCGAUAUGGAAGUGGGUGGUUAGUCGACCAAAUUAUACCAUUUGUGACCACCGAGACAGCUCUGAUGUUGAGGGCUUUGGUUGUGGAUGAUGUUACUGGUUCGAAGGAUAGACUAUCAUGGGGACAGAGCUCGGACGGCCAAUUCUCAGUUAGUUCAGCAUACUCCUUCCUCACGAAUGACACCACGCCGCGACAGAAUUUGGGAGCUCUGUUCCGUCGAGUUUGGAGUGUGGUAGCACCGGAGCGAGUUAGAGUUUUCCUUUGGUUAAGUGUCCACCAAGUGCUAAUGACUAAUGUGGAAAGACAGAGACGACAUCUAUCGGAAUCUGGAAUGUGUCAGGUUUGUAAGGGAGCAAAUGAAACAAUAAUCCAUAUUCUGCGCGAUUGCCCUGCAAUGGAAGGUGUGUGGCUACGUCUAGUGCCGGUGCGGAAGAGACAAGAAUUCUUUGCUAAGUCAUUACUUGAGUGGCUAUACUCUAAUCUUGGCAAUACUCGAGAUAGUGAUGGAACCACCUGGGCCGCCCAGUUUGUUAUGGCGCUUUGGUGGAGUUGGAAAUGGAGGUGCAUCAAUGUGUUCAAUGGUACAGGGAGAUGCCGUGAUAGAGUGAAAUUCGUCCGGGAACAAGCCAAGGAGGUAACACUAGCGCACGCUACUCAAGCAACCAGAGCUUCAGGAAUGAUAUCUAGAGCUGAGAGGAGGACGGUGUGGAUGCGUCCACAGACGAAUUGGGUGAAAGUAAACACUGAUGGUGCUUCCCGGGGAAACCCUGGGCUCGCAACGGCAGGUGGAGUGCUCCGGGACGAGAGAGGACAUUGGCGCUGCGGCUUUGCUCUGAAUAUUGGAAUUUGCUCGGCGCCACUGGCUGAGCUUUGGGGAGUGUAUUACGGUCUGUGGAUCGCGUGGGAGCAGAGAGCCCAACGUGUGGAAUUGGAAGUGGACUCUGAAGUGGUGGUUCGUUUUCUGACGACAAGGAUAGGUGAGGAAAAUCCGCUGUCAUUCCUGGUACGGCUGUGCCAUGGCUUCAUAUCAAGGGACUGGAUAGUCCGCAUCUCGCAUGUGCAUAGGGAAGCUAAUCGCCUCGCGGACGGACUAGCGAACUAUGCGUUUUCGUUGUCUUAUGGUUUUACUGCUUUUGAUUCUGUUCCAGAUGUUGUUAAUCCUUUACUUUUGGAGGAUUUGGCUGGAGUUUCAGGUCCAGGCCUGACUGAGUUGUAA